ACAAACCAAAUUGCUAAUGACCAAACUCCUAGCGUGGAGAAAAAAACCGACCACACUUAACCUAGUUGUACAAUAUUUGAUGGUAUCUUUCGGAAAUUCGGAUUUGAUAAAGAUAUUCUAUAAAAACUGAUGCAAUUUCUUUCCCCAAUUUCUUCUAACAAUGUCGUCCUUUUUGAAAUUCGCGCGUCAUGUUUCCCAAAACCCUUCCCGUAAACCCUAAAACCCCCCUAAAUUUCAAAAUCUGUAUCCUCUGCUCUGCAUAAAGAUGGUACCAUUACAAACCCUUUACGCCCGGACCCACUUUCGCAACUUACAAAUUCACAAACUUUAUCGAUCUUUUCACUCCACAAAGCAUCUUUACAAAGAACCCAUCACAGUCUCAACAGUUUAUGAUCCUGUAACCGGUUGUAUGGUGACAAAAUCGAAUGAGGAACCGGAUAAACAACGGGGUGAAAGACUAUUGAAUUCUGAUUAUGCUGAUGCUUUUAAAGAUGAUAGGUCUUAUGGGAGUGUUAUGAAGGGGUUUGGGGGUGGGAAAAAGAAGAGUAAGAGUAAGAGUGUUUGGGUUUGUUCUGAAUGUGGGUAUUCGGAUGGGCAGUGGUGGGGGUAUUGUAGGGAGUGUAAGAGUGUUAAUACUAUGAAGGAGUUGGUGGAUGUUGUUGAUAGUGGUGGUGGUAAGACUAAUGGCUUUCAGAUGUCUGAGAAGUUAGUGCAGUCUUGGUUGCCCAAACGGGCUGGAGAGGCUGUUCCAUUACGCUUGACGGAUGUUAACCGUGGGGUUAACCAUUCGGAUUGGCGGUUUCCUUUAUCUGGACUAUUUGGAGAUGAAGUUUCUAGGGUUCUUGGUGGUGGUCUAGUACCAGGUUCUUUGGUUUUGGUUGGUGGUGAUCCAGGUGUUGGGAAGAGUACACUAAUGUUACAGAUUGCAGCAAUUAUAGCAGAAGGAAAAGAAAUCGGUAAACCAGCGCCAGUACUUUAUGUUUCAGGUGAAGAGAGUGUAGAGCAAAUUGGAAACAGAGCAGAUCGUAUGGAAAUCAGCACAGAUGAAUUGUUCCUAUAUUCAAGUACCGACAUAGAGGAUAUUUUGGUAAAGGCUCAAGCUCUCUCUCCACGUGCUCUAAUAAUCGAUUCUAUUCAGACGGUGCAUCUAGCAGGAGUUACUGGUAGUGCUGGUGGUAUCUACCAGGUUAAAGAAUGCACUGCUGCCUUGCUUCGUUUUGCUAAGAAGACAGACGUACCUGUGUUCUUGAUUGGGCACGUAACAAAGUCAGGAGACAUAGCUGGACCUCGUGUCUUGGAGCAUAUUGUUGACGCUGUUUUAUAUAUGGAGGGAGAGCAGUAUUCAUCGCAUCGUCUUCUUCGUGCAUUCAAGAACCGUUUUGGCUCCACGGAUGAGCUUGGAGUGUUUGAAAUGUCGCCAUGUGGACUAAAAGCUGUCAAGAAUCCCAGUGAGAUUUUUUUGAGUGAGGAACGCUCAGAUUCAGAAUUCUUGGCAGGUCUUGCAACUGCUGUAAUUAUGGAUGGAUCCCGCACAUUCGUCAUAGAAAUUCAGGCGCUAUGUGCAACAGGGUCCUCGCUUUCUAGGCAAGUGAAUGGUGUUCAAGCAGGCAGAGCUGAUAUGAUUAUUGCUGUUCUUAUGAAGCAAGCCGGUCUCAAGCUUCAGUCAAAUGCGAUCUUCUUGAAUGUUGUUAGUGGGGCUAGUCUAACUGAAACUGCUGGUGAUCUGGCAGUUGCAGCAGCAAUAUGUAGUAGUUUUCUGGAGUUUCCUAUCCCUAGCAACAUGGCGUUCAUUGGAGAAGUUGGGCUUGGUGGUGAGCUUCGUAUGGUACCAAAAAUGGAGAAGAGGGUGGGUACAUUGGCAAAACUGGGGUAUAAAAAGUGUGUUGUGCCGGAACCUGCUGCGAAAUUGUUGAGGGGAUUAGAUUUUGGAGAAUUUGAGCUUUUGGGGUGUCAAACUCUAAAAGAUGUUAUUAACAGCGUCUUUAUAACAAGUUGAGAGCUUCUUUUUGGAUCAUAUCCGUUUGAAUACUCUGUUAACAAACUUGUAAUAUCUUUAACAAGACAAUGUGGUUGAUCUUUUAAAAUCCAACUAUUUUGUUCCAA